AUGAGCCUUCAAAUAGUCAGAACAGUGGUGCCAAUAGCUUUGCAGUCAGGUGAUGCAUGCAGGGGGAAAAUUGAAAGUGCAGCUUGCUGUCUGCAUAUCCAACCAUCAAACCUUUUUGUAAUUCUCAACGCACUUCUCACGGUAUUUGCCCACAUAAUACCUUCCAUCAUGGACGAGGUCAAUGAACAUGUACUCAAAACUAUGCAAGAUUUACCAACAAUACGCAUCAUUAUUGACGUUCCUACCGAAAUUAUGAACCCAGAAAAUUAUUUGGAAUCAGCAUUCGAACUCGUUAAACCAUUUACGAACAGCUGGGAGAAAUACCACGGGGUGCGAAGAAUUGUCGUCGAUGUGUAUCCGCGACAUGCAUACAUUGUGAUCGACAUCAACAAUUUCUCUUAUGACUUCAAGCUGGCUCAUUUACAGACCUUCCCCAUUCCAGUCCACAUUCUACGUUUAUCAAGGAAAAGCAAGCAAUGGUACUUCUUUAGACGACAGUUGGAGGAUCGACGAGUCGCCAACGAUAUUGCAGAGUUGCACAGGUGUAACGGCCAAAACCAACCCCCUUUCUUUGCAGACCAUAUUCGAGGGUCUGUUUACCUUUCUCCCCGUACAACAUGA